GUUCAGUAUAACUUUAAUUUGCCCAACACACAUGUCACAAAAGGCACAGUGUGUUGUUUUUUUUUUUCCUUUACCCAUCUCCUUUAGUCAUGUUCCUGAAUCUCUAGGACUUUUUGGAUAAGUUCACACAGCUCAGAGGAAGUUGUAGGAUGGCUUUAUUAUAGUUACCCCUGAGAUAUCUGCAUGUCUUUGGCUACUAGUGUUUAUUAGGGAGGAGUAAUUGACCCAAAUACAUGCUGUGGAUCAUGCAGAAAGGCAAACAGGUAAAAAUAAGAAUGCAGAAACACAAUGCAAAUCGAGCAAAAUAAAAUAGGACUAAUUUCAGCCAGUAUCCAGAUUUCUGGGAGCAAACUUCACCUCACUUGAAUUUUCAAGUCAUUGACCCUAUCAUGUUAUUGCAGUGCAGUAUUGAUAUGAGAAAAAGAAGAAUUAGGAGCACAGCAGAUGCCUUUGUCCCCCCCACCCAGCAGUCCCCAUGGCAGCAGCCCAGGGCUGGGAAUGCAGCCAUGGGGGUGAGCAGGAGCGACGCUCUCCUGUUGCAGAUCCCUGAUGUGCUGCUCCGCAGGCCGGGACCUGCCCGUGCAGCUCCUGCCCCAGCCUGGCGUGGUCUGCAGGAGGCACUUCGUGGGACAGAGGUGAGGUGUUGCCAUUUGCUGAGGAGUGUGUUUGGAUAUAUCACUAAGGGUGAGCCCAGCUGAUCCACUUUCCACAAGCCCAGGCCUUGGAGCCAGCAAAGGCUGCUGACGGUCCCCACCUGAGACAAGAGCCCAUCUGGGGCUCUGCUCUGCCCUGUCUCGCUCUUAGCAGGUGCUCUGUAGAGAUGGCUUGAGGUCACACCUCUCCCUUCUGUGCCUUAACAUAAAAGGAGGAGCGUGGCCCUAAAGAAAGUACUUUUUUAAAGAAUACAGGGGAGAUACUGAUUUACGAGCUGUGACCCUCUGCUGGUGCAGUCUGCACCAGGUUAUCAGAACUGGAGGGAUCUUUUGACCUGGCCUUGCAGAGCCUCACGUCUCAGCUGCAGAGUGUGAGCCUGUCCCUCCCCAGUCAGCCCAGCACUCACUUCUGUUUUCGCUUUCUCUCCUAACCAUCAUUUAUUUCCUUCUGUGGUAGUUUACAGACAAGAAGCACUGGCCUUCCCCUCCCUCUCCACCUCCUUCCCAGCCAUGUGACUGAGCACUCCCUGCAUCAAGUGAAACUUUUCAGUCCCCAGGAAAUCUUGAUUUUCUCUCCGCCUGCUCCACGGUGAGAAGCAGCAUCUCUCCCACCUGCAGCCGUGCUGGCCAUGGGGAGGAGUGCACGGCAGCUCAUCCUGCUGACCUUCGGCUGUGCAUUUUCCUCCUGCCUUGCUGAAGUGGCCUUGAGGGUUGAACUGUCUCCAGAAACCACAUCCGUCCACCAUAUGGCUACUUCUGCUCAGCCACUUUCCCUUUAUCAUUCCUCAUCCCAUCAAAGCACCACAGUUCACUUUAACAGCACAGUCUCUCUUGAAACAACACCCACGAGCCACAGAACAACUGUGCAGACAACAGAGCAGCACCAGGAAACAGCAGCUCCAGGCCAGCACUCGACAACCCAGGCAGGAGCUGGAACACCCAUCACCACCACGACAGCAGCAGACAACACCAGUGCAGCUGGCCAGGCCACAACCCAGCCCAUGCACAGGGUCACACCUGCAGGGAAGAACACAACCACCCCCUCUGUGUCCUCCGCACACGCAAGCACAGCAAUGACAGCCACCAACGCAUCCCUAAACCACACAACAGCAAAUACUCAAGUGACAGCUGCUGCCACCACCUCUGCAGCCACCAUGCAGACAGUCAAAGCCACCACACAGUCAGGAAAAACAACAGCGACCAGAAACUCAACAGCCACAGCCAUGACCAGCACAACAACCGCCCGUCCAGGGACACAAACAGCCAUCCCAUCUACUGCGGUGACGGUGAGACCCACUCCUGCCCCACGGCCUUCUCCCAUCCCCACUGGCACAUACACCAUUUCCAAUGGGAACAGGACCUGCAUCAAAGCAGUCAUGGGUCUGCAACUGAUGGGUCAAAAUACACAAAAGGAGCAGAUGGAGUCUGUAAUUGUCAACCCCAAUGCGACACAGAUAUCUGGAAGCUGUGGGAUGGUGCAGUCUCAGCUGAACUUAACUUUCAGUGGAGGAUUUGUGAACUUCACUUUUGUAAAGCAAGCUCCAAGCUACUUUGUCAGUAACAUUGAGAGCAGAAUACAGUUAUCUUCUGAAGGUAUGUUUUACUACGCAGCCCUAAAUGAGAAGCUGUUUACAACAAAGCUGGGGAAUUCCUUUAAGUGUGCCAGCAGGCAAACCUUCACCUUGGAGAAGAACUUCCAGAUCCUCUUUGUUCAUAUGCAGCUGCAGGCGUUUGAUAUUGUUGGUAACCAGUUUGGAAAAGAAGAAGAAUGUUUUCCUGACAGAAAUAGCAAAGCAGCUCCCAUCGCAGUGGGCCUGAGUAUCCUGGGGUUGUUUGUCAUUGUGUUUGUUACUUUCCUGAUUUCCAGGAGGAAGCCACAUAGAGGAUACGAACGCAUCUGAGGUGCCCUUGUACUUCCAAAUGUGUGUAGCAAGCAGAGAAGUCACAGGAGUUUUAGCUUCUGCCUGGCAAUCUCACUGCCUUGAAGCCACAUUUUUAAGUGAGAUGACACCAUGUGUUUAAAUCUAAUGAAUAUUUCUGCAAGUACUUUCUUUAGGGUAGGAAGGAGACAACUCACAUCCUCUACUUUAGGCUAUUCUUAGCAUCUAAUUUAGAUGUAGUCCAGAUGACCAAAAUGAGGAGCCUAAAUUCUCUGUGUUAUCAACAAAGGAGAUAAUUCAGACCACCUAAGUCAGAUUCCUAGAAAUAGCUUAAAGCAGUAUUGGUAUCCCCAAGAAAAUCCAUCAGGUUUGUUAAUUAUAAUAUUUAGAUUUAUUAAAAUAUGUAAGUCUGGUGAUAUGACUUUCAAAUGAUUAAAGCAGAGAUCCAGAGCUAUAGACAACCCUGCUAAAUUCAAGCUCAGUGAAAGCCUUGUGGGAACACUGUGUGUGCCGAAAUCUUGGGGUAAGUGUCAGUGUGACUCCAUUCACAAGCAAGUUCUCAGCAGCCCUACAACAGAGUUACACUUCCUAAGUGCUUGGGUUUUUUCCUAUUAAGCCCUUUGCAAAGACACAGUGGUAAUAUGUGACUCUUACUCUGGAGCUGAAUAUGUCACAGUCUUGUGAGAGCUCACGAGCCACCCACGUCCUGUUCGGACACAGACCUGUUACAGUGACCACCACUGAGCCCCGUAACUGCCCCUCUACUGAGAUGGCAGCACUGGGAUCUCUGAAUCUGGGAAGAUGCCACACUCACUGGAAAUGCCUGGGAUUCAGUGACCACCAUUGUGGCAGAUCUGCCCGAGGUCCAUGAGAAAUGGAAAUCCACUGACACUGUAUGUUCAAGGCUUCUAUAAGAACUAAAAGCUUGCACAACCCUUGGACAAACUGUCUGUCCAAAAGUGAAUGUUAUCCAGCGUGCUGGAUGUUCAUGUGGAAAUAAUUUGGAGUUGCUUUAAAGCACAUUAAUUGAUACACUCUGCAGUCUAUUUCCUGCUAAACCAAUGAUGAAGGCAUGAGAGUAGUAAUUGCUUUUGAGGUUAAGUCCAGCUCAUGUUCUUUGUUGUAACAAGGAAAAGCUCCUUGUCACAAAAUAUUUACAAAGCAAAUGUGCACAUACACACACAUACAUGCAUGUGCACACACCACACAAUCUGCUCACUGAAGCCAAUGAUGUCCAAAUGAUAAGAAAUUAUAUACAAAACUAUUUGCAAAAGAGAAAAUAACAUUAAAUAAGAGCACACUUCCCCCUAAGGAGUUAGGGUAAUGGCUUACAUUGUACUAAUAAAAGUUUGGCCUGGAAAAGGACUGUGGAAUGGUACUCAUUAAACAAAAGAAAGUCUGAAAUCAUAUGCAAAAAUACAUUGAUAGUUUAAUCUGUAUCUAAACAAAAUAUAAAUGCUAUGAGCUAAUUUAAUUUCAAUGAAGAAUGGUCCAAAUCCUGAGCAGAUGUGAAUGAUGAUGCAACCUCACUGGAUUUUCACUGGGUAAAACUGGCCAUUGUAUGUUGUCAGUUUAAUUUCCCUUAAGUAUUUUUAAACAGUUUUGAUAUUUUACUAGUAUUUAACGAUUGUGAGUUGACUUAUUUAAAUUGAGAAUGAAAGGAAAUAUUUUCAUUCCAUGAAUUACUGAAAGAUGUUGGUCUGUGUGACCAACAAAAACGUGGUCAUACUGUUCCAUAAUCAGUAUAAUGUGUAGCUGUAGAAAUAAUUAAGUCUCCAAAAACAUUCCCUUUGAAUCCGAAUGAACCAAUAAAUGAGAAAGAUAAAGACAAUUCCAAAGCACUUUUGCACUUGGAGAAACAUCAGAGAGAAGUCAGAAGCAGCUGUGAGCACAGGGGCAGAUGAGUAUGUUUAUAAGGUAAAGUAGCACAAGCAAUGGGAUACCAAACUUUCCAACCUUUAAUACAGAGACAGUGAUUUAACUGUAUUCAUUUUAAAGCUCAGAAUGGUCCGACCCUAAGCUGUUCUGCCCAGUGAUCAAUAAACCUCUCCCACUCAAAGCUAAGUCGUAUUUCACAUGUUUUUGGAUUGCUGGGUUGCAUGAUCUGUAGUGUGUUUCUUCUGCUGACAUGGAAUAUUUGCUUGUUCUGUUCUGUAAAAUCACUUUAUGUUAAUAUUCAGUCUUUUAAAAUAUGAUAUCAGGAUGAGGAGAGAAAACUGUUCCUAAUGACUGCUAAUUCUAUGUCUAAUGUUGUGACACCCUCUGGCAUUACCAGUGAUGCAAGAUAAAUGUUUUUCCCCUGACUUUUUUUAUUUCUACACUAAAUCAACCCGGUGUUAUUCAACAAUGUUCAGAUUCAGGUUUACCAUAUUUGUUCUUAUGCUUUUUAUUGCUAUUGUUUGCUAUUUUUAUGAAGCUGCAUAGGCCUUUCUAGAUGAAUAAUACUCUGGGCUUGCUCCAAAUGUCACAGGGGAAGUGCACGUGGUACAAACCGAUGAAACAACAGGAUGCUCCCAGGAAAUGCUGCCAACAUGCAGCAAAAUUAAUCCAAUGGAGUUAGUGCUUCACAGUAGUAGAAGAUCCAUUGGAGAAUUCCUUACUGCAUCAGGAGAUCCCAGCCUCUAAGUGUAACCUUUCUCCCACCUGUGGCCCAGUCUGCAUCCCGGCACGUCUUCCUGAUCACAAAAUACAGCCAGCCUGCAGCAGGGAUGUGUGUCAGCACAUCAGCAGAACAGGGAACGUUGCAUCUCCAAAUUUAAUGCUAAAUUAGAAUUAGACAGCUCAGCUGCUCCCUGAGCUGCCACGUGCAGCUUUAAAAGCUGAUGCCUGUAUUUAUUUUCCACCAGAAUUUAGGUAGAUGUUUAGCUGGUACUUUUUUAUCUAAUGGAGCUGCCUUGAGGUCUUCCUCCCAUUGGGAAGACUCUAUAGGGCUAAUGGGCCUUGCUCUUGCCAGACCUGCUCUUUUAAAUAUCUCGUCUGAGGAAAGAUUUUGAGCAAAAACUGCCUAAAAGAGCACAGUAGGAAAAGAGCUCUUGUGAUAAACUAGUUGUACACUAGGUGGGCCAUAAGAGUCAUACUGUGGGCAGAAGGGCACAGUUUCAUCUGCUGUGGGAGGGGACAAGGCUGCAGUGGGUCCCAAAGUGACCAGUGUUGGUCUCAGCAGCCCCAGCUCAGACUCAGAUCAACCCAUCCCUGAACCAGAGGAUACUGGUCAGGAUGACAUGAUGCACCAGGGCAGCAAAGCUUAACUUUUGUGCAUGCAUGUGCUGGUCAGGAGACAGUGGGGCCAUCACAGGAAUUCAGAGGUGAGCACAUCCCCACAUCCCAAUAGCUCCCUGGUGCUCUGCCGCAGCUCCCACCCCAGACCAUCCACUGUGGCCUCUUGCACACCCAAGGCAGACACAAGGACAUCUCAUCAGCAUGACAAUGUCAUACUUAGCCAAAUCUCCAAGGAGUUUAUAAAGCAAGGUUUAAUUUCUUUCAGUCCUUUUUGUUCUUUGAUGGACAAGUCCAAAUGAGAUAACAGCUGUUAAUUCAGCUGAAAGAGGAAGGGAGAUGUAGAUCAGCAUGUGAAGUGUCUAAAGGUGGUUUGGUUGAUCUUUCUAGCUUGCUACAAUGUAUGGUUGCUAAAAAUAACUUGCUAUGAGAAGUAAGAUAUGCUCUUUAUUUUUCUAUUACUGGUGUUUCUAUAAUAAAGGCUGUAUUUAGUCAUUA